AUGAAACACUUACUCAUAUUCGAUCCAGGCCGUCAAGCAUCUGUCAAAAACCAACAGCCUAUUUCUCACUGGAGAGAAACCAUGUUCAGCUUCUUCGGGAGACCAGGAAAGGGGGUCUACGGAGAAGAAGUGAUUCGGCGGGAAUUGAUUAUCGAUGGUAUCGUGUAUGACAUGCGGACAGGCAAAUGCCUGGGGCCAGAUCGUGGACGGACAUUGCGACGAUCUCCAAGUCCCGAAGCAAGGAUUGAGGAUAACCAAGACCAGCACAGGCACCAGAAGAGUGCAUCAAGACACCAAAGAACAGAAGAAAAUAAUGGAAACAGUGCAAGAAAACACAGUCAGCGACAUCAUAGUCAUCAAUUUGGAGACGAUACGGACGAGGUGGUUUUCACCCGUGAGUCAAAACACCAAGGCCGUAUCAAAUUAGGUAAGACCAACUGUUUGAUUGAAUACUCCUCCAUCCGUGAACGAAGGCGCACGAGAUAUUCCCGGAAAGAGCAUGGUGAAGGGCUGUCCAGAGGUCCAGAAGGCAGCAGGCAUCAGGAUGCAGAAGCUUCCGAGACACCAUCGGCAUCUGAAAGAAGGGCAAGCCCAAUCCCUGUGAUCCCUGCUGACACAGGCACUGCAUCUGCAGGCCAAAUGAUAGCUGGUGAGUGGGACAUGUCAUUUCCGCCAGGGAUAACAGGGCCAGAUGAAGAUAGAGCGCCCGCUAAAGAGAACCCAGGAACGCCAGAACAAGUGCCCAAAGGAGAGAACCCAGGAUCAUCAGAACAAGUGCCCGAAGGAGAGAACUCAGGAUCAUCAGAACAAGUGCCUGAAGGUGAGGACACAAUCGGAUCAAAUGAUGAUAAAGAAAACAAAGCCUAA